CCGCCCUUGCGGACAUAACACACACCUAAAAUUAAAUCGACCUAGGAUAUCUAGCGAUAUAGCUAAAUACCUAAAUGGUAUAUAAGGUGCGCGCGCGCAAUAUUGACCAUACCACAUUCUUACUUCGGUAGCAACGGUCAGAAACAUGCGUGCCUUCAUCUUCUUCGCCCUGCUCGCCGUGGCUGUAGCCAAGCCCAAACCUGGCUACCUUGGAGGCCUUGGAGGAUACUCCGGAUACUCCGGAUACUCGAGCUACGCUGCAGCCCCAGCUCUAAGCAUCUCUCACCAGCCAACCUACGCGAUCGCUCAACCAGCCAUCUCAGUGGCGCACGCGCCGGUCAUCCAAGCCGCGCCAGUGGCUGUAGCCCACGCCCCCGCUGCUACUAGUUACUCUUCCUUCCAACGGGUGAUCCACCCAGCAUCACACUCCGUGGUCCACGCUGCACCAAUCGCAGUUGCCCAACCAGUGGUCCAUGCUGCGCCAAUCGCUGUGGCCCAGCCCGUGCUCCAAGCCGCCCCAGCUGUCAUCUCGCAUGCCCCACUCGCCACCUAUGCCCAAUCAUACGGCCAUGGUUUGUCAUCAUUCGGCCAUGGCUGGUAAACUUAGGAUUAAUUUAAACUAAUUUUUGUUUGUAUAUGCGUUGAGAUCAUGCCCGUAAUGGCGGGGUGGUGCAAAUAAAUAUUUAUAUUCUA